AUGGCCAGCGACGAAGACUACAUGGCCUUCCUCAACAAGGCGAACCAAGACGCCGACGAGGGCAGAGCCACAGCAGCAGCAGCGCAAAGAUCGCAGGGAGGAGGAGCAGCGCAGCGAACAUUCAAGGCUACGGACGACGGCGCCGAAAUCCCAAAAAGCAUUGCCGAGGCUCUUCGGGAUGCCUUCUACGUCAGUGAGGCGGACGAGCCCUUUAGCGGGGUGUCGUUGCGGUGGAAGGGCGAGGGAGGACUUCCCGACGAAGUCGAAUUCGCAAAGCUGAUUCACCACUGGGAUGCCGAAAACGCUCAAAUCGACAUCAUGGAUCCCGUGGACUGGGAUUCGGAAGGGCAGUACGCCAACCUCAUCGACGCCGUGAGGGAGGCCACAAAGGGAAACGACGUCAGAGUGUACAGAGUCGCGAGGGACCUGACGCGGGCCGAGUACUUUGUGAUUUCGCGGGAUGACGAGGGCGGCAGGAUUGUGGGUGUCAAGGCGCUGGGUGUUGAGUCUUGA